AUAUUUGAUUCUAAAAUUUGUUAGGAGUCCUUGCUUUAUAUAAUGAGAUGUAUCUUUCAUCUCAUUUUGUCGCAAACAUUCCAACUAUUCAAUAUGGUGGAUGGAAUUUAGAGGUUGUGCAAAGUUUAUUUUGCCCUAGAGAUAUGGACCAGAUCAGUAGGGUGCCACUUCAACUAGAUAGUGAGGACAAAUGGUAUUGGGCAGGAGAGACGCAUGGGGAGUACUCCGUCAAAGAGGCUUAUCGUCGAUUGACAAGAUCAUUGGUUGAAUGGAUGGAAUACCAAUUUUCAAAGCUUUCUGUUAAGGAGCUUAAGUUCGUAGCCGGAGUUAUAUGGGCAAUUUGGAGAGCCAGAAACAAGGCAGUUUGGGAUCAUUACAUCCCUUCACCGCAAUCUGUGGUAAGCUGGGUCAGAGAAGCCUUACUAGAUCCGCCAAACAAAACUGGUCAAAGUGGAAGACAGGAGUCGAUGCAAGUGUCCCCUAGAUCAGAGCACAGAGUCUUUCGAUGUUAUGUGGAUGCAGCCAUAUUCCCUUCCUCUAAAGAGGUCGCCUUUGGGAGCGUCAUCUUUGAUUCGGGAGGUUCCUUCUAUGCUGCUAAAAAUAGAAUGAUGCAAUGUUCUUUAGAACCGGUGAUGGCAGAGGCUAUGGCAUGUAGAGAAGCUCUUACCUGGGCUAGAGCUAACGAGAUCCAAGACGUGGAGCUUCUUACGGAUUGCAGAUGGGUUGUGGAAGCUCUUUUUGAAAGAAACAUCCAGGUUUUUUCUUAUCUUGGAACUAUAAUAAAAGACUGGAUUAAGCCUCUAUUUAUAGUGGAGAGGCUUGGUAUGAAUACAAAUACAAGUGGGAAGUACUGUACAUAAUUAGUGUUCAUCAAUUAGUGUCUCAAUCUACUAUUUUAGAAAGUAGGCCUGAUUAAUUGAAUAAACGAACAAUCAUUAAUUUCAUAACACUCCCCCUUGAAUGUUCAUUUUUCAAUUAAUGAUGGGUACUUCAUAAAUGGGCAUAGUUUAGGAACCC